AUGCCUGUUGUGUCUGCGAGCACGGAUAUACACGAGACUCUGGCCCUGCUGACUUCUCAUCUGCACCCUAAUGCCAACCACAAGGAGAACUUGGGCUUCCUCAAAGAUGUCUUCAGUGAGAAGAGCCUUGGCUACCUCAUGAAGAUCCACGAGAAACUGAAGCUGUAUGAGAAGCAGAGCCCGACUCCGGUUUUCCACAGCGCUUCCUGUCUGGCGGAUGACCUGAGCGAGGAACUCCAAAACGGGCUUCUGGAGGAGGACGAGAGAGAGCUGUUGCUUCUGCUGGGCACGCCUCACCUUAAGGCCGUGCUGUCGGCGCACGACACGGUGGCCCAGAAGAACUUUGACCCGGUACUGCCUCCCCUGCCAAAAGACUUGGACCACGAGCUGGACGAAGAGUCGGUCAAAAUCGUCCGACUGGUCAAGAACAAGGAACCUCUGGGAGCGACCAUCCGUCGAGACGAGUCCACCGGCGCCGUGGUGGUGGCGCGCAUCAUGAGGGGCGGAGCCGCCGACCGCAGCGGUCUGGUGCACGUCGGGGAUGAGCUGCGGGAAGUCAAUGGCAAUUUGAUAACCCACAAAAGGCCUGAUGAAAUCAGCCACAUUCUGUCGCAGUCUCAAGGAUCUAUUACGUUGAAAAUCAUCCCGGCCGUCGUGGAAGACGACAAGAUGAAGGAAAGCAGGGUUUACAUACGCGCUCUGUUCGACUACGUCCCCUUGGAGGACCGGGCGGCGCCCUGCCAGGAGGCGGGCCUUCCUUUUAAGCGAGGGGACAUCCUUCAAGUGGUGAGCCAGGAAGACGCCACCUGGUGGCAGGCUAAGAAAGUGGGGGACUCCAACCUGAGAGCUGCGCUCAUCCCCUCUGCGCACUUCCAGGAGAGACGCCUGCGCUACCGACUGAAGACGAGCUCCUUCCCACUCUGCGCAUCCCCUAAUGUCAUCAAAUAUUCGAGAUGUGAGCAACAUUUUUUUCUAACACUCAUGUACAUCCAAAAUUUGAUCCUAGCCGGCACGCGCCGAAGUUUCCGCAUGAAGAGGGAGCGACAGAGUUCACCGGGAGACGAUUUCUACGAUUUCCACAUCUACGAAGAAGUUGCGCUUUACGUGCCUCGACCUGGGGACAGGCCCAGACUGGUGGUGCUGCUCGGUUCGCUGGGAAGUCGCACAGCAGAGCUGAAACAGAAGAUGAUCGCAGACAAGCCCAAAAUCUACGGAUUGGCCGUCCCACACACGACCCGACCGAGGAAGAGCCACGAGCGCGAGGGGGUGGAGUAUCACUUCAUCACCAAAGCUCAUUUCCAGGCCGACAUCCACAACGGCAAGUUCAUCGAAUACGGAGAAUAUAAAGACAAUUUGUACGGCACCGGCCUGGAGUCCAUUCACAGAACUCUGCUUCAGAACAAGAUGUGCCUUGUGGACGUGCAACCGGAGGCCUUGAAGGUUCUUCGCACGUCGGCCUUCAAGCCUUUCGUCGUCUUUGUGAGACCGUCCCUCCUGGAGAGCGAGAUGAAAUCUUUCAGCUCGUGCUCGUCGCUCGUCAGCGUCGCCGUCACGGAGCACGAUCUCCAAGACAUGAGGCAGUCGGCCGAGCAGUUGGAGCAGCGGUACGGCCACUUGUUGGACCACAUCCUGGUGAAGGAAGAAACUUCCGGCGCCGCCGCCCAACUGGACGCCGUCUUGGAACGUUUGCGACUGGAGCCUCAGUGGGUCCCCGCGUCCUGGCUCCGGACCUGA